AUGACAAAGGACGGUAUGAAGAGCGACAGCGGCGGGAACCACGAGAACGAGGUUGCAGACCUCACCCCACGCCGCAAUAACAUCCGCCUCACUGCGCCUGAUCUCGCCCAAGAAAGCAGAGAUGUGGGAGAAAGAGAAACCAGAAUACCCCUUGAGAAAAAAUGGGAAGAGUGGUGUAAAAUCAACAUGUUUAUUGCAAGUUUGGGGAUAUCAGAUGGGUCAAAGAAGCGCAGUCGAAGAAGUUCGUCAGCGUUUGCAGGAAAAAGAGAGAAAGUGGUAUUGAAAGCUGCAGUUGUUUUUGGUAGAUUCAUGGUGAAUAAGGCGCAAGAUCGUGGCAAUAAUAAUAAGAUUGGUCAAACGUCGAUGAUUGAAGAGAAGAGAUUAGCGACAGACGCGCACGGGCUGGGUCUGCGUCACUGCAAUUCGAGUGUGGAGGCAUACGCGGUGAUGCCAUCGACGGAGGUACACAUCCGAAUGCUGGUGGUAUAUGAUGAAGAAAACAAGGCAAGAAACAGAAUCGAUAAGAAGGAAGAACCGGACAAUCCAGAUGCAACAAUACUCUAUAGAAUCCACCAAGGAGAGGAAAGCGAGGCGAAAAGACACAAAACGAUGCGGUGGAAAGAAGAGCAGCCGAAGGUAUAG